AGAGCUAAGGAUAAAUAUUUCGGUGUUACGAUUUCGCCGCACUUAAACUCUGUUAUUUAGUGUAUGUCUUGUUGAACUAUUUCAUCAUGUCUGGUCGCGGUAAAGGCAAAGCUAAGGGUACCAAAUCCAAGAGUCGCUCAUCCCGAGCAGGGCUUCAAUUCCCUGUCGGUCGAAUCCACCGUCUUCUCCGUAAAGGCAACUACGCUGAGCGUGUUGGCGCCGGUGCUCCAGUGUACUUGGCUGCUGUGCUUGAAUAUUUGAGCGCUGAGAUCCUCGAGUUGGCAGGCAAUGCUGCUCGUGACAACAAGAAAACAAGAAUCAUUCCUCGUCACCUUCAGCUUGCUGUCCGUAAUGACGAAGAGUUGAACAAACUGCUCGCCGGUGUCACCAUCGCACAGGGAGGCGUUCUUCCUAACAUCCAGGCAGUACUCCUGCCCAAAAAGACCGAAAAGAAACCUAAAGCCUAAACCAAUGUCGUCGGUUGAAACAAACGGCUCUUUUAAGAGCCAACAGAUAUUGAAAGAGUCGUGAUCAACUUUCCACACUAGUAAUUAAAUAACCUUAACUUUGCGUUGCAAAUAACAUAAUCGAAACUUUA